AUGUUCGGCGGGUCGAUACGGCCCGCGUCGAUAUCUUUCGGUGUCGGCGGGGAUAUUCGCCCCGCGUCGAAGCGCGGUUCGAGCGCGGUGCCGAGGAGGAGCGGGGGAUCGGUCGAGACGAGGAUGGAGGGUUCGCGCGCGGGCGCCGAUGCGGACAAAGCCCCGGCCUCCCGCCCACCUCGGCGCGAGGAGGACACCGUGAACCUCUUCCGUAACUACGAGCUCCGCACCGCGUUCGCGCCCGCCGAGCGCCGCCGUCUGCCCACCACCCUCGUCACCGGCUGGCUGGGCAGCGGCAAGACCACGGUGAUGCGUCACGUGCUCGCGAACCGCCAGGAUCUGCGCGUCGCCUGCGUCGUCAACGACUUCGCCGAGCUCAACAUCGACGCCGAGCUCGUGGCGAGGGACGACAACGGCGUCAUGCCCGGCAGCGGCGCCGGUAAGAACACGCGCGGCGUCGUCGAGCUCACCAACGGAUGCCUCUGCUGCACCCUGGGCGGCGAGCUCGAGACGGAGGUGUGGCGCAUGCUCGACGAAUCCGCCAAACACGGCGAAAGCGUCGCCGACGUAGACUACCUCCUCAUAGAGACCUCCGGACUCGUGGACCCCACCGAGACGGUGGCGUCCCUAGACAAAAAGUUUGGUAAGAUGGCCAGGGUACGACUUGACGCCGUGGUGUGCGUCGUGGACGCGGAAGCCGCCGCGUACGGAGCCGCCGGGUUUUACCUCGACGGCCCGGACGCGUGGCGAGCGCAGCUUUCCGUCGCGGACGUCGUGCUGCUGAACAAGACGGACCUGCUCGAGGGGAGCGAAAAGAAGCUCAAGCUCGCGAGGGAGUUUGUGGGCGAGCACGCGCCGGACGCGAGGGUGGUGGAGUGCGAGCGCGGGCGAGCGCCGCUCACCGCGAUCCUCGACGUGGAGUUGACGGCGCAGCCCGAGGGCAAGUUUGGGCACGACUGGGACGCCGCGGCGCGGCCGUUCCUCGUGUCUCCCACGGGCGAGGGGCUACGGAAGCCCGGCGAUCGCCCGAAACCGUCCGCCGCGGGGGGUGGGCCGUUCGUCAUCGACCCCGCCAGGCGCACGACGCACGCGCCACGUGGACCAACGGGGAGGUCGCGUUCGGACGGGUCGGACGAAUCGGGCGCCGACUUUGGCUCGGUGGCGUACGAGGGCGGGCCGACGUCGCUCGCGUCGUUUCAGGCGUGGGUCGCGUGCGGAAUCCCGCCCGGGGUUGUCCGCGCGAAGGGGUUCGUCACCUUCGCCGAGGAGCCCGGGGUUCAGUACGACUUUCACCUGUCCGGCAGGCGCCGCGUGGAGAUUGAGCCGAGCGAGAACCGGGGGCCGCCCGGGUUUGAAAGCGCGUUUUCAAAGACGCCGGCGAAGACUCGAUCGGCCACCAGGCUCAUCCUCAUCGGCCCGGACAUCGACCGGGACGUCGCGCUCGCGCAGCUGGGAGAUCUCGAAUCGCCGCCGCCUCGUUCCGGCGAUCUCGACGUCGCCGCCGCCCUCGCGGGCGCGCGGGAGCUCGUCGGGUCAGACCUGAGGCUCGAGUGGGUGGAAGCCGGGGACUGGUGCCAUCCGCUGGCGGCGGCCACUUGCGCGCACUUCAGGCUCACCGGCGCGGCCGCCAACGGGCUCACGGUGGAUGAGAUGGAGCGCAACCAUGGCGUGGACAUGAACGCGGUGAACCGCGAUCUGGUCAGGGCGCUGAACUCGGGCGGGGGCGGGGUGGUUGUCACCGCGGCGUCUCGAUCCGAUAAGUCGACGUACUUUGGCUCGCCGGAGACGGUGGUGAGGGUGUCUCUCGUCGGCGGGGAGGGCGCGCUCGGGGAGUCGUGGUGGGAGAGGGUUCGCACGGCGAGCACGACGGCGCUUCGUCGGCACAUAGCGCACAUUCCCAAGUGUAAGUGCGGCUUCUGA